AUGGCUUUAGACAGGAAGGCAAAGGGGAGACUCUCAGGCGUCUCCAGGGCUCUGGGAGCCGGAAACACGUGUGUGCUCACCUACGUGUACACACGUGAGCACACCUUCAGCAGCGGGGGGCGUUCAGGCCGGCAGGGGGCAGCACAGACUCGGCUUGCAAUUACCCGGCGCAGCCCCGAGGGAGGAGGGCGUGCUGCAGUCCCGGCGGCGGCGGCGGCGGCGGCAGUGGCGGUGGCCGCGGCUGGAGGUGCAGCNNNCCCGGCCGGCGGCGGGCCCCUGCUCACAGGCGGCGCGGCCAUGCACAUCCCCGCCGCUGAUACCGCCAAGCCUUCCCUCUACUGCCGCGUCUUCCUGCUCGACGGGACCGAAGUGAGCGUGGACCUGCCGAAACAUGCCAAAGGCCAGGACUUGUUCGAUCAGAUUGUGUACCACUUGGACCUCGUAGAAACGGAUUACUUUGGCCUCCAGUUCCUCGACUCGGCCCAGGUGGCGCACUGGCUGGAUCUUUCCAAACCCAUAAAAAAACAGAUGAAAAUCGGACCUGCUUAUGCUUUGCACUUUCGAGUUAAAUACUAUUCUUCAGAACCGAACAACCUUCGUGAAGAGUUUACAAGGUACCUGUUUGUUUUACAACUCAGGCAUGACAUUCUUUCAGGAAAAUUGAAAUGCCCAUAUGAAACUGCUGUGGAAUUAGCUGCUCUCUGUCUACAAGCGGAACUUGGCGAGUGUGAGCUUCCGGAACACACCCCAGAGCUUGUGUCUGAGUUUCGGUUCAUUCCAAAUCAGACAGAAGCAAUGGAAUUUGAUAUCUUCCAGAGAUGGAAAGAGUGCAGGGGAAAGAGCCCUGCCCAGGCGGAACUCUCAUAUCUGAAUAAGGCGAAGUGGCUGGAAAUGUAUGGGGUAGACAUGCACGUUGUCAGGGGAAGAGAUGGCUGUGAAUAUUCUCUUGGACUGACUCCGACAGGCAUAUUAAUCUUUGAAGGAGCUAACAAAAUAGGCUUAUUCUUUUGGCCUAAAAUUACCAAAAUGGACUUAAAAAAGAGCAAAUUGACAAUUGUGGUGGUUGAGGAUGACGAUCAGGGGCGUGAGCAGGAGCACACCUUUGUGUUCCGGUUAGACAGCGCCAGGACGUGCAAGCACCUCUGGAAGUGUGCAGUUGAACAUCACGCCUUCUUCAGGCUGCGGACCCCGAGAAACAGCAAAUCAACGAGGUCGGAUUUCAUCAGGCUGGGAUCUCGCUUCAGAUUCAGUGGGCGGACAGAGUAUCAAGCUACACAUGGGGCCAGAUUACGAAGAACCAGCACCUUUGAAAGGAAGCCCAGUAAACGCUAUCCAUCCCGGAGACAUUCUACUUUUAAAGCAAGUAACCCCGUGAUAGCAGCUCAGCUCUGCUCUAAAACAAAUCCUGAAGUCCAUAAUUACCAGCCUCCAUAUCACCCAAAUAUUCAUCCCAGCCAAUCUCGGUGGCACCCUCACUCUCCAAAUGUAAGCUACCCACUUCCCUCUCCAGUGCUCAGCAGCUCCGACCGGCUACCUUUUGGCAUUGAGGAGAAUGGGGGAACACCAUUCACCACCAAAGCACCAGGAAGGCAUCACCCUCACCAGCACCAACACCACUCAAACUAUGGACUCACCCUGACCCUGGAGAGCAAAGAGGGGCCUUCAAGGUCCCCAGGCUCCAGCAGUAAAUCUCUUACAAAGUUGAGUCCAGGAGCACCUCCACUGUUCAGUGAUGCUGCUGCACAUAUAAAGAAACUGGAACUGGAAACAGUGAAGGCUGUUGGUCCGUGGCCUGCUCUGCACAUCAACAUCAACAAGGCUGAAGAAAAGAAAGUUUCCGAGAAGACUCUUCAGACCCCCCUUUUGCCUUCCCCGAUAGCUGAGCACGUGAAGUGUAACAUUUUGAAAGCCCAGCUGGAGAACGCGUCCAGAGUGAAUGCCCAGGUUGGAAAAGAGGAAUCCACGUUUGUAAAUAUCAAUAAGAAAUCCAGUCUUCAGGAUGCUAAUGUAAGAAGUCCUAUCCCUAUACGUGUGGAACCUGCCCAGCCAGCUGUGGAAAAGCCAGAAAUGAAGCCACCCAGAGUGAGAAAGUUAACAAGACAAUAUAGUUUUGAUGAAGACGACCUCCCUCCAGACUUGGCAGAGGCAGUGGGAGCGGCUACAACCGCAGCCACCAACGCGACCACCACUCCCAUCAUCACCACCACCCAAAUAUCAGUGCCCCUGGCGUCUCCCAAGGUCCAGAAAGUCAGCUCGCCUCAGAAGUCAGAAGGCAAGGGUCAGCCAUCCCCAGGGGCCAAGAGCCCCUCUGACAGAGGAGGUGCCUUUACCUUGGAGCCAGGUGAUCUUCUGAUGGAUUUCACAGAAGCCACUCCUCUGGCAGAGCCUACCAGCGUCCCCCACUGUGCCCACUCUCGCUGUUCUCCUCCUCUCUCUCUCCCCAUGAAGGAAGAGCCCACUGGAGUUUGCAUGCACCCUCCAAUCAAAACAAGGCUGAUAAAAACAUUCCCAGCUGAUCCUGUGAACCCAUUUCCUGAUCCUUUCACCACUGGGCCACCAUUUACUGCUGACUUCCGAGACAGUAAAUUGCAGUGCUUCCCUGGGCAGUCUUCGCCACUGAUUCCCGUGGCGGCCCUGAGGCCUUUGACAGAGACCGUGUCCACCGUGCAGACCAUCUACACCACCCGGAAGCCUGUGUCUCUGGCAGCCAGUGCAGAGACGCUUCGGCAGGAACUGGAGAGAGAGAAAAUGAUGAAAAGACUGUUGAUGACCGAACUGUGA